AUGAGGAGGAGACAAUCAGGGAGGACACAAUCAGGAGGACACAGCCACGAGGACACAGCGAAGAGGAGACAAUCAGGAGAGGCUACAAUCAGGAGGACACAGCCAUGGAGACACAGCAAGGAGACACAGCGAGGAGGAGACAAUCAGGAGGCCAAAUCAGAGGACAGCACGAGGACACAGCAAGGAGACACAGCGAGGAGGAGACAAUCAGAGGCCACAAUCAGGAGGACACAGCCAGGAGACACAGCAAGGAGACACAGCGAGAGGAGACAAUCAGGAGGCCACAAUCAGGAGGACACAGCCACGAGGACAGCAAGGAGACACAGCGAGGAGGAGACAAUCAGGAGGCACAAUCAGGAGGACACAGCCACGAGGACACAGCAAGGAGACACAGCGAGGGAGGAGACAACAGGAGGCCACAAUGAGGAGACAGACAUGAGGACACAGCAAGGAGACACAGCGAGAGGAGACAAUCAGGAGGCCACACCAGGAGGAGACAGCAUGGAGACACAGCAGGGAGACACAAGGAGAGAGCAAUCAGGAGGCCACAAUCAGGAGGACACAGCCAUGGAGACACAGCAGAGAGAGACACAAGAGGAGGAGACAAUCAGAGGCACCAGGAGGACACAGCCACGAGGACACAGCAAGGAGACACAGCGGAGACACAAUCAGGAGGGACACAGCCACGAGGACACACAGCAAGGAGACACAACGGGAGGAGACAAUCAGAGGCCACAAUCAGAGGACAGGCCACGAGGACACAGGGAGACACAGCGAGGAGGGGACAAUCAGGAGGCCACAAUCAGAGGACACAGCCAUGGGAGACACAGCAGGAGAGACACGAGGGAGGAGACAAUCAGGAGGCCACAACAGGAGGACACAGCCACGAGACACAGCAAGGAGACACAGCGAGGGAGGAGACAAUCAGGAGGCCACAAUCAGGGGAGGACACAGCCAUGGAGACACAGCGAGGAGACACAGCAGGGAGGAGACAAUCAGGAGGCCGCAAUCAGGAGGACACAGCCACGAGACACAGCAAGGAGACACAGCGAGGAGAGACAAUCAGGAGGCCACAAUCAGGAGGACACAUGGAGACACAGCGAGGAGACACAGCGAGGAGGAGACAACAGGAGGCCACAAUCAGGAGGACACAGCCAGGAGGACACAGCAAGGAGACACAGCGAGGAGGAGACAAUCAGAGGCCACAACAGGGAGGACACAGCCACGAGGACACAGCAAGGAGACACAGCGAGGAGGAGACAAUCAGGAGGCCACAACAGAGGACACAGCCAUGGAAGACACAGCAAGGAGACACAGAGAGGGGAGACAAUCAGGAGGCCACAACAGAGGACACAGCCACGAGGACACAGCAAGGAGACACAGGAGGAGGAGACAAUCGGGAGGCCACAACAGGAGGACACAGCCACGAGGACACAGCGAGGAGACACAGCGAGGAGGAGACAAUCAGGAGGCCACAAUCGGAGGACACAGCUAUGA